AUGCCACGCCGGCGCAUCUCGUGCACCCUCCUCGGGACUGGCACCUCGUCGUCCAUCCCUCUCGUCACCUGCGUCACCGACCCACACACCGGAUGCCACUGCUGUCGAUCGACUCUGGACCCGACAGACGAGGAGGGCCAGAAGAACAAGCGGAGGAACACGAGUGCGAUCCUCAGGGUGCACAGCGAGACGGACGGCGAGGAGAGGGACAGGACCAUCCUCAUCGACUGCGGCAAGACGUUCCUCUCGGGCGCGCUCGAACACUGGCCGAAGCGAGGCCUGCGCGAAAUCGACGCCGUCCUCCUCACCCACGCUCAUGCGGACGCCAUCCUCGGACUCGACGACUUGCGAGGCUGGACCCUCCGCGGCGCGAUACAGCCCAGCAUUCCGAUCUACUGCACGCGAGAUACCUUCAAGGAGGUCUCAAAGGCCUUUCCCUACUUGACCAACACAGGAGCAGCCACCGGCGGAGGCGACAUCCCCUCCCUGACGUGGCACAUCUUCGACUCCUCGACGCCUUUCGAGCUGGAGGGACUGACUGUCGUCCCUCUUCCCGUCCACCACGGCAAAUUCUUCACCACCCCUCCCUCGCCCUACCCCUGCCUCGGCUUCCUCUUCGACUCCCAACUCGCCUACAUAAGCGACGUCUCCCACAUUCCUGAUGAGUGCUGGGACGUCCUUUCUCAACACGUGUCUUUGCGGCCGCUGCGGAAGGAGGUGGAGAACGGGCAUGCGAACGGCGCGGAGGAGAAGCCGAGGUUGAAGGCCCUCGUGAUUGAUUGUCUCAGGAUUGAGCCGUUCACGAGUCAUUUUGGGAUUGGACAGGCCGUGCAUGCGGCGCAGAGGAUUGGGGCUGAGAGGACUUACCUUAUCGGUUUCGGCCACCGAACCUCCCACACCCUCUGGCACUCGCUCUCCCUCACCCUCUCCUCCGCACCCUCCUCGCUUCCCCCUCUUCCUCCCAACCUCCCAAUCGACCCCUCAGUACCCAUCCCUACCCCCGAACAUGCAUGGGAGAACUACGGCGGACAUCCCGACCCUACGAAAGAAGAUGAGUCGGUGUUCGUUGAGAGGGGGAGGUGGGCGGUUGAGAGUUGGCUCGCGGCGAGGGCGGCGGAGGGGGAGGAGGUCUUGGGAGCGGGUACGGGGGAGGAGGGCUUGUGGGUUAGACCGAGUAGGGAUGGGAUGUGUGUUGAGCUUGGAGCGGAGGGGGAGGGCGUGAGGGAUGAUGAGUAUGAUUAG